AUGUCAGGUCCAUUUAGUUGGCUUUUAGGACUUGGAAGUUCACCAUCAACAUCAAAUUUAUCUAAUACAACUUAUCAAACACCAUUAAAUCAAAGUACACUAACAAAUGCAUCACAAAUUUCAGCUCAAACAUCAACACCAACAACAACGACGGCAAAUAAUCUUUCAGUACAUCGAAAUUUAACACAACUUAUUGAUGAAGGACAACGUUCAUCAUUGAAAACAAAACGUGAAUUAUUAAAUAAUAUUGAUCAAUUAAGUACAUUAGCUUUUUUAAAUUCAUCAACUGGUAUUAAUGUUCAACGUAUACAAGAUCAAUUUGAAAAAAUUGAUAAAACAUUACAAACACCAAUAGUUAAACCUAAAGAUGAUACAAUUGAGCAACAAUUCGAUGGAAAAAUAACAAAUAAUCUUAAUGAUUAUCUUAAACAUGAACGAGAAAAAACACUUUUAUCUAUGUUAAGAAUGAUUGAAGAUAAAAAAUAUGAUGAAAUUACUCGUCAUAGUAAUUAUGUCUUAGAUAAUAAUUGGCAAAAACAACGACAACUGAUUUUAUCAACUGUAUCAAAACAUGAUCAAAAUUAUCUUGAUGAAGCAAAUGCAAUGCAGAUAAAACGUUUUGAAACACCAAGAACAUUAUCAAGAGGUUUAUCAAAUGUUGAAGCUGCAUAUGCAAAAGUGAUUGCACUUUAUAAUGUUGGUAAAAUAGUACGACAAAACUUAAUUGAUGAAUUUACAACUGUUGUUGAAUCAUCAAAUCAACCACAGGCAGCAAUUGAUUUAUGGAAUAUUAUUCGUUAUAUGAGUCAACUUCCAGUAGAUUAUCUAACUAAUCGAACAGCAUUACCAUCUCAACAAGCUAUUGUAUUAUCUGCUCGAAAUUAUUUAGAAUAUUCUUUUCGUAUUCAAUUAUCAAAAAUGUUUAUUAAUCUUGUGCCAGAUGAUGAUAUUCAUAAGCCAGGUUCAAUAUAUAAAUUAAUAAUACGUUAUAUUCGACAAAAACAUCCAAAUAUUGUUCAUAUUAUUGAUGAUGAUGGAAAUAUUGAUGAUUUACCAAUUUGGUCAAUACUUUUCUAUUGUUUACGUGCAGGUGAUUUACAAUCAGCAUUGAAUGCUGCUAAACGAUGCCAUUUAACGAGUGUUGUUGAAUGGUUAAAUAAUUAUAUAAAAAAUAAUAAUCAAUCAAUUGAUCCAACAAUACGUUUGAAGAUUCAAGAUGUUUAUGAUCGAGAACAUUUGACAAAUCCAUUUAAAAGUAUAGUAUUAUCAAUACUUUCUGCAUAUGAUGUUAAUAAUAUGCAUGAAUUAAUAAUAAAUUCCAUUGAUGAUAUUCUAUGGCUUCGUUUAUCUCAAAUUGUAUUUCCAAAUCAAGAUUUAAUGACACUUAAUAAAUUACAAAAACUUGUGUAUAAUGAAGGAAAUGAAAAUCGAAGUUUAUUUAACGAAAAACCAGUUCAAUAUGCAAUGUGUUUAUUAUUAACUGGUCAAUUUGAAACAGCUAUUGAUUUAUUAAAUCAAAUAGAACAAUUUCGUUGUCAUGCUGUUCAUAUAGGAAUAUAUUUACAUGAAUGUCGAUUACUUUCUACAGCUUCAAAAUCAGAUAGUCCUAUGUUAACAACAACAUUAAUAACUGAAGAUCCAUUAAAAUCAAUAAAUUAUCAACGUUUAUUAACAACUUAUACAGAAAAAUGUCGUUAUGAUAGUGAAUUAUGGCAAAUAGUUAAUUAUUUUUAUUUACUUAAACAAAUAAGACAAAGAGAUGGUGAAAAUUGUUUUAUUGAAUCAUUAGCAGUUUUAUUAAUUAAAUUAAAUGAUAAUGAUGUUGAUAAUUUACUUGAAAGAUUAUUUGGUACUAAUAGACAAGGAGUUUUUACUGAAGCUCGUAUUCUUGAUCAUCUUGAUAUUGAUACAAAUGUUGUAACUGCUAAUGCUGGACUUUAUCUUGAAAAACGUGGUCAUUUAGAAUUAGCAGCUGUCCUUUACGAUCGUGCUAAGAAACCACGACAAGCAUGUUCAAUAUACAAUCGUCUUUUAUCAGAAGCUAUUCGUACAUUAAUAUCUUCAAAUACAGCUGGUGCACCUAAUGUUUUAGCUAGUGCACGUACAUUUGCUUCUCGUCUUUCAUCGACACAGAAUGAAUUUGAUCGUUUAACAAGUACUUUAUAUACUCUACUUGAUAUUUAUACUUACAUAGAAUUUUUUAAAUCACAACAAUUUGAACGUGCAUAUGAAAUUAUACAAAAAUUAUCAUUAUUACCAUUUGCACAUACACAAAUAGAUCAAUGUCUUGAAUCAAUUAAUUAUUAUUCAUCAGAAAUAAUGGAUUGUUAUCCAGAUAUAAUACUUCUAACAUUAACAUUAAUGGCAAUAUUAGCAAGUGUAGAAUAUAAAUCAGCAUUAGGUACAUCAAAUCAACAUUUAUUACUUGCUGCAACUAGUUCAUUUGAUCAACAGACAUCAAAUAUACUUAGUACAAAUAAACAAGGUCUAUUAGAUGAAUUAAAACGACAAGCUGACGUUCUUUUUCGUUAUCUUGGUUUAUUACCAGUAAAACUUCAUAAUCAUGUACAUGUACAACUUAUGGAAUGUUUCAGUCGAAUAAAAAAUGCUUGUUAG